CAAUUCUUUCAUCCAUCAAAUUCAAAUUUGAUGAAUAAAGAGCUAAAAGUGAGCUACGUUGCCCUGAAUUACAACAGCCCAACAGUCAGACCAAACACAAUGCCUUGAAUUAAAGCUCACUUUUAGCUCUUUAUUCAUCAAAUUUGAAUUUGAUGGAUGAAAGAAUUGGUGAAGGUCUGGUGACUGAUUAAUUAGAGGGCAGAUGGUAUGGAUGUCAUGGUAUUGACUCUUCAAUGUUUUCUGUUCUGUUGUGUGGUUUUUGCCAAUAUAUUAUUUUUGGGAUCUAUCUCUUAAUCAUGCAGCAGAGACCAUGGGAACACAACAUCACUUGGAGGAUAGUGGGAUAUGAGGCUUUGACUACACUAUAUUCCCAUACUUCCGACAGCUUUAAGUUUCCAGCGUGUUAGAGUGCUUAUCAUGUUGGAGGCUUGCAGCAAUCAAAUUUAUGCACAUAAACACAGUUAAUCACGUAGUUCAAAAACAAAAAUGUACACCAAUUUGUAGUGUAGUAAGAAAUGACUAGUAAUCAAACAGAAGUAUUUUUUCUUGGCCAAAUUACUAUGUUGGGUGGAGAACUAUGAACAGAUGAGACCAAAGUAACAUAAACCUACAACGCUUGAGCUCUUGAAGCCCUUGUUCCAGAUUGGUCAACACCAUCUUGCACUCUUCUUGGCCUGCAAUUAAUGGUGCCUGCAUCAGCCCUGCUGACAUCAAUGUUGAGGAAACUCUGAACACUCUCAAAUAUGCUAAUCGUGCUCGAAACAUUCAGAAUAAGCCUGUUGGUAACAGAGAUUUGAUGUCGAAUGAGAUGAAAAAUAUGCGGCAGCAGCUAGAGUACUUGCAGGCUGAACUUAAUAAGGAGCUUUCUCGAGAACUACAUGAAUACCACAGCAGACGUGCUGUUGUAGAGCCGAGAGAAACAGAUGCUGAAGAUGGCUCCUGUUUUGUUAAAAGGGAUGGGCUAAAGAAGGGCUUACAGAGCAUGGAUGCAUCUGGUUAUCCCAUGGGUGAAGCCAUGACAGGUGAAAAUUACAUGGAAAUUGAUGAAGCUGUAGCAAAAGAGUGGGAGCAUGCACUCCUACGAACAACGAUGGGCAAAGAGUUUAAUGAGUUAAACAAGCGUUUGGAGCAGAAAGAGUCAGAAAUGAAACAUUUUGGAGGGUCUGACACUGAAGCACUUAGUCAGCACUUUGAGAAGAGAAUCUUGAAACUCGAGGAAGAGAAGAAAACAGUCCAACAAGAGAGGGACCGUUUGCUAGCUAAAAUUGAAAACCUUGUUGCUGCUUCUGAUGGACAAAAGCAGAAAAUGCACAAAGCUUAUGCACAGAAAUUAAAAUCACUUGAGACACAGAUUUUAGAUCUUAAGAAGAAACAAGAUUGUCAGCUUCAGCUUUUAAAGCAAAAACAAAGAAGUGAUGAAGCAGCAAAGCGGCUUCAAGAUGAGAUAAAGACCAUCAAGGUCCAGAAGGUUCAAUUGCAGCAUAAGAUAAAACACGAGGUAGAGCAAUUUCGACAAUGGAAGGCCUCUCAUGAGAAGGAAUUGCUUCAGCUAAGGAAGGAAGGCAGAAGAAAUCAAUAUGAGCAACAUAAACUUCAAGCUUUAAAUCAGCACCAUAAAAUGCUAAAACUACCCUAUCAAAUUGUGGCUAUUGUUUCCGGUGCUUUGAAUGAUGCAGCUGCAAAGAAGUAUGAUUUGGAAGGAUGGUUUCUUGUAUCCAGCACUUACAGAGAACUUGUUUCCUGUUCAAACUGCACUGACUAUCAGUCCAGGAGAUUAGAGAUUCGAUAUGGGCAGAAAAAUUGUAGACUAGUAGUUAUAUUUUUGGAUACACUAGUAGUUAUAUUUUUGGAUGGGUGUGUAUAGAAAAUAUUUGGUAGACUACUAGUUAUAUUUUUCGGUUGAUGUACAUGGAUAAAAAUUUU